GGACACCAUGCCCGAGGGCGGCGGCGGCGGCGGCGGCGUGGACGGCGGGGAGGCGCCCGCGCUGGUCCCGGACGGCGAGCCGCUGCGGGAGGAGCAGCGGCCCCUGAAGCCGACCCUGGGGAGCUCCCUGUGCCGCGAGUCGCACUGGAAGUGCCUGCUGCUCACGCUGCUCAUCCACGCCUGCGGGGCCGUGGUGGCCUGGUGUCGCCUGGCCACGGUGCCGCGCCUGGUCCUGGGCCCCGAGGCGGCCUUGGCGCGCGGCGCCGGCGGCCCGCCGCCCACCUACCCGGCCAGCCCCUGCUCGGAUGGCUACCUGUACAUCCCGCUGGCCUUCGUGUCGCUGCUCUACCUCCUGUACCUGGCCGAGUGCUGGCACUGCCACGCGCGCGCGCGCCAGGCGCCGCGCACCGACGCGGGCACGGUGCUGGCGCUGAUCCGCCGGCUGCAGCAGGCGCCGCCGUGCGUGUGGUGGAAGGCCACGAGCUACCACUACGUGCGGCGCACGCGCCAGAUCACGCGCUACCGCAACGGCGACGCCUACACCACCACGCAGGUGUACCACGAGCGCGCCGACAGCCGCACGGCGCGCGGCGAGUUCGACUACUCGGCGCACGGCGUGCGCGACGUGUCCAAGGAGCUGGUGGGGCUGGCGGAGCACGCGGCCACGCGGCUGCGCUUCACCAAGUGCUUCAGCUUCGGCAGCGCCGAGGCCGAGGCCUCGUACCUCACGCAGCGCGCGCGCUUCUUCGGCGCCCACGAGGGCCUGGACGACUACCUGGAGGCGCGCGAGGGCAUGCACCUGAAGGACGUGGACUUCCGCGAGUCGCUGCUGGUCUUCGCCGACCCGCGCCGGCCGCCCUGGUACGCGCGCGCCUGGGUCUUCUGGCUGGUGUCGGCCGCCACGCUGUCGUGGCCGCUGCGCGUGGUGGCGGCGUGCGGCACGGCGCACGUGCACUACCAGGUGGAGAAGCUGUUCGGGGCCGGCUCGCCGCCGCCCGGGGCCGCCGCCGCCGCCGCCGCCGCCGCGCCCAGCGCGCCGCCCCUGUCCCGCGUGGCCACGGUGGACUUCACCGAGCUCGAGUGGCACAUCUGCUCCAACCGCCAGCUGGUGCCCAGCUACUCGGAGGCGGUGGUCAUGGGCGCCGCCGGCUCGGGCGCCUACCUGCGCGGCUGCCGGCGCUGCCGCCGCUCCGUCAGCAGCAACUCGCUGCCCCCCGCGCGGCCCCCCGGCGCCCGCCUGCCCUUCAGCCGCAGCCGCCUGUCGCUGGGCGCCGGCGGCCGGGCCACGCCGGGCGUCUUCCGCAGCCUGAGCGGGGGCCCCCUGGCCCGCCGCGGCGAGGACACGGAGCCCCUGGAAAGCCCCCCGUGCUACGAGGACGCCCUCUACUUCCCGGUGCUCAUCGUCCACGGGGACGGCGGCUGCCAGGGGCACGGGCGGGGCGCGCCCUGA